ACUCGGAACCGAAGAAGAAGAACUACUUCCUGGUCAGGUCAGAUGUAAACAUGAAAAAUGGCUGCUUUAGGCGACUUAGAACGCCUUGAGUAUUUAUCUUUAGUGUCAAAAGUGUGCACCGAGUUGGAGAAUCACCUGGGAAUAAGCGAAAAAGAUUUAGCUGAAUUCAUCAUCGACCUCGCCGAAAAACAUCCAACAUUUGAGGAAUUCAAAGACAUCCUGCUGAAAAAUGGAGCAGACUUCACAGAUACCCUCAUUGGCAAUUUACUCAGACUCAUUCAAACUAUGCGAACAUCACCGUCUACAAGUAAAGCUCAUCAGCCAGUGGUCAAGCCAAAGAGCGAGAAGGACAAGCUCAAAGAGACAUAUCCUGCUUUGUGUCAGCCAGAUGAUCCUGUAUGGAGGAUUCCACCACGCCAUCCGAGUCAAGACGAUGAGCAGGUUGCAGCGGCUGCCAUGAAGGAGCUGGAGAUGCUUAUGCCAAGUGCCAAUGGACUGAUCUCAGAUAACAGGUCAAAUAAAGAUAGGAGUCGAGACAGAGACCAAGAAAAUGGACGUCACCGAUCACGUUCCCGCUCCAGAUCGAGGGAGCGUGACCGAGAGCCGAACCACAAACACAGGAGGAAGCGCAAGUCUCGCUGGAGUGACCGCACACCCAGCCCACGCAGAGACGAUGACAGCAGCAACAAGGAUGACAGAGACUCUGGCCACUUCAAUGACAGACAUGUGGACCGGCCUCCACCAGAGGAGCCUGUUGUGGGCGAUAUCUACAGCGGCAAAAUCAGCAGCAUUAUGCAGUUUGGCUGUUUUGUUCAGCUAGAGGGACUGAGAAAACGCUGGGAAGGCCUGGUGCACAUCUCAGAGCUACGCAAGGAAGGGCGAAUAGCCAAUGUGGCAGAUGUAGUCACCAAAGGCCAAAAGGUGAAGGUCAAAGUGCUGUCGUUCACUGGAACCAAGGCCAGCCUGAGCAUGAAGGAUGUGGACCAGGAGACAGGAGAGGACCUGAACCCCAACAGGAGGAGGAACCUGGACCUUGGUGCUGGAGAUGAAGCCAUGAGGAACCCUGACCGCCCCAUCAACCCCACCCCGCUAGAGAUGGAGGAAAACCCAACAGAGCGCAAAAAGCUUGCUAAGAUCACAGACUUGGAGAAGUGGGAAAUCAAGCAGAUGAUUGCAGCCAAUGUUCUUCCCAAAGAAGAGUUCCCAGAAUUUGAUGAGGAGACGGGGAUCCUCCCCAACAUAGAUGAUGAAGAGGAUGAGGAUCUGGAGAUCGAUCUGGUUGAAGAGGAACCACCGUUCCUGAGGGGACAGACUAAAUGGACCAUGAACUUGAGCCCAGUCAAAAUAGUCAAGAAUCCAGAUGGCUCCCUCUCCCAGGCAGCCAUGAUGCAGAGUGCUCUUGCUAAGGAGAGACGAGAGCAGAAGCAGGCGGCUCGUGCAGAGGAGAUGGACGCCAUCCCCACCGGGCUCAACAAGAACUGGAUUGACCCCAUGCCUGACUAUGAAGGAAGGCAGAUUGCAGCGAACAUGAGAGGCAUUGGUGCUAUGCCUGUUGAUCUUCCAGAGUGGAAAAGAUACGCUUUUGGGGGCAAUCAGGUGUCCUACGGCAAGAAGACAGAACUUUCCAUCCUGGAGCAGAGAGAGAGUCUACCCAUCUUCAAGCUGAAGCAGCAGCUCAUUCAAGCUGUCCAUGAUAAUCAGAUCUUGAUUGUAGUGGGAGAAACUGGCUCUGGGAAGACCACGCAGAUCACCCAGUACCUGGCAGAGGCAGGAUACACUGCCCGGGGCAAGAUCGGCUGCACUCAGCCCCGCCGCGUGGCCGCCAUGUCAGUGGCCAAGAGAGUCUCUGAAGAGUACGGCUGCUGUCUGGGUCAGGAGGUGGGCUACACCAUUCGUUUUGAGGACUGCACCAGUACGGAGACAGUGAUCAAGUACAUGACCCAUGGUAUGCUGCAGAGGGAGUGUCUUUUGGACCCAGACAUGAGUCAGUAUUCCCUCAUUAUGCUGGACGAGGCCCAUGAGAGAACAAUCCACACAGAUGUGCUGUUCGGUCUGCUCAAGAAGACGAUACAGAAACGCAAAGACAUGAAGUUGAUAGUGUCGUCCGCUACACUGGAUGCUGUCAAAUUCUCCCAGUACUUUUUCGAGGCUCCCAUCUUCACCAUCCCAGGAAGAACAUUCCCAGUUGAGAUCCUCUACACCAAAGAGCCUGAGACAGACUAUCUGGAUGCCAGCCUCAUCACUGUCAUGCAGAUUCACCUGACUGAGCCUCCAGGCGACAUCCUGGUGUUUCUGACUGGUCAAGAGGAGAUUGACACUGCCUGUGAGAUCCUGUAUGAGCGGAUGAAGUCACUGGGGCCUGAUGUUCCUGAACUGAUCAUCCUGCCGGUCUACUCUGCCCUGCCCAGUGAGAUGCAAACAAGGAUUUUUGACCCUGCACCUCCAGGCAGCAGAAAGGUCAUCAUUGCCACAAACAUUGCCGAGACGUCUCUAACCAUCGAUGGAAUCUACUACGUGGUGGACCCCGGCUUUGUCAAGCAGAUUGUGUAUAAUUCCAAGACAGGCAUUGACCAACUUGUGGUGACCCCUAUAUCACAGGCCCAGGCCAAGCAAAGGUCAGGUCGAGCUGGCAGGACAGGCCCGGGGAAAUGUUACAGGCUCUACACUGAGAGAGCCUACAGAGAUGAGAUGCUCACAUCCAACGUGCCUGAGAUCCAGAGAACUAACUUGGCCAGCACUGUGCUGUCUCUCAAGGCCAUGGGUAUUAAUGACCUAUUGGCAUUUGACUUCAUGGACGCUCCCCCAAUGGAGACUCUGAUCACAGCCAUGGAGCAGCUCUACACCCUGGGAGCUCUGGACGAUGAGGGAUUACUCACACGGCUCGGUAGAAGGAUGGCUGAGUUCCCUCUGGAGCCCAUGCUGUGUAAGAUGCUGAUCAUGUCCGUCCAUCUGAGCUGCAGUGAGGAGAUGCUGACCAUCGUCUCCAUGCUGUCUGUGCAGAACAUCUUUUACAGACCUAAAGACAAGCAGGCCCAGGCUGACCAGAAGAAAGCAAAGUUCUUCCAGCUGGAGGGAGACCAUCUUACUCUGUUGGCCGUGUACAACUCCUGGAAGAAUAACAAGUUCUCCAACCCCUGGUGCUUUGAGAACUUCAUCCAGGCUCGCUCCUUAAAGAGAGCCCAGGACAUUCGCAAGCAGAUGCUGAGCAUCAUGGACAGACAUAAGUUGGAUGUGGUUUCGUGCGGAAAAGCUACGGUGCGGGUCCAGAAAGCGAUCUGUAGUGGCUUCUUCAGGAACGCAGCCAGGAAGCACCCUCAGGACGGGUACCGUACCCUGAUCGACCAGCAGGUGGUGUACCUUCACCCCUCCAGCACCCUCUUCAACCGCCAGCCGGAGUGGCUUGUGUACCAUGAGCUGGUGCUGACCACUAAAGAGUACAUGCGGGAGGUGACCACCAUCGACCCUCGCUGGCUGGUGGAGUUUGCGCCGGCUUUCUACAGAGUCUCUGACCCGACACGCCUCAGUAGGCAGAAGAAACAACAGAAACUGGAGCCUCUCUACAACCGUUACGAGGAGCCCAACGCUUGGAGAAUCUCCCGUGCCUUCAGACGACGUUGAGGUUCUGUUGUGCUACACACUCAUACUACAUGGACCUGCUAUGUUGUUCAUACUGAGCCAGCUGAUGGCUAAUCAGGACACUUGCCUUUUGCUCUGUCAAAGGGCCACCUUUUAUUUAGAACAGCUUUAAUUCAGUUUUGUCAUCUCAGUUCAGAUGAAGUACUGAUAGCUAAUACUGACCUAUUUUCAUCAUAUUAGCCAUAUUACCAUCAUCAGCUGUUGAUCGUUUGGUUGGUGCACAUUUCAUGCACUACGUUGCUGUCUGGUCAUUGUUUUUUUUUAAACACGUGACUGUGAUUUUUAUUUAAAUCUUUUAUUUCAGUCUGUUUCUGCCCUCAUUAUUGAUAAAUAAUGGAUACUCUUUUA